UCGAAAAACAAGAGCUAGUACUCCCAAAAGAAAGUGUAUUUGGAGGACCAAGUACUGAAGAUGGGAAGAUGCAAGUUAAAAUGCACCAAGAUAUAGUGGUUGUAAAAUCGACGUAUGUAUUAGAAGUACCGGCUGAAUUAGAAGUUAGUAAAGAAAAUG